AAAAAUUCAACAAAAAAAUAUAUAAAUAUUUUGGAAUAGGCAAAAUUGGAAGUCUUUAAGUUGUUUUAUUUUGAGUAUGUCUCUUACAAAAGCCAUUGGAAACCAAAGGAAACAAAGGCCAAUGUCUGGAAACGUAAAUUUUGCGCCCAAGCCCAACAAUGCCAAAAUGCAGCGCCAGCAGCAGCGCAUCUUGAAGCAGAGCUACAGGAACUCUGGCAAUGGCCAAUUGCAACGCAUUGAGCAUCGCGUCUGGCGUAAGACAAUCGUCGUGACCAAGCCCAAGCCAAAGGACAGAGUGCCUCGGUUGUUCCGCGUAGAUCGAUCAACUGGCCUGCCCCUUGAUUACGAGCGCACCGUGUCGCGGAUCAUGUCAUACGUUAAUCCGCAGCACUCGCGGACGCCCAGUCCGGAGAAGGCAUUGGAGAAUCUAUUCUCUCAGCAACUGGCUGGGAUCUUUGAACUGUGUAGCAGGAACAACCAAUGUCCUCGAGCCAUGAAGAACAACAUCCGGCUGAUGCUGAAAUCCUAUGGAACGAAGACCCCGCAGAGCAGUGCAGAGGCGGACAAUAGGAAUCUUUGCGAGUUUCACAGUGCCUGCACACGUGGCCCGACACCAAGGCCUGAACUUCAAGCACCACCCACAUAUAAAAGCAAAUUCAAUUACAACACCCUGAGGAUUCACACCACGUAGCAACUG